GCCCCACUCCCAGCGCCGGCAGGGGGCGCGCGCAGGCCCGGCUGUGGCGGCGGGCGAGGGGCGGCGGCGGCCAUGGCGGCCAUGGCGGCCGGUAGCGCCGAGGUAGAAACCGUGAGCAGCGGCGGCUACGACGGCAAGUGCGUGUUCUGCAGGAUCGCCCGCCGGGAGGAGCCGGGCACGGCGCUGCUCCCCUGCGAGUAUGAAGACCUUGUUUGCUUUAGAGAUAUCAGACCUGGUGCCCCCCACCACUACCUUGUGGUGCCGGUGGAGCACAUGGGAAACUGCAAAACACUGAAGACAGAACACAUAUCUAUAGUGAAGAGAAUGAUGGAAGUUGGAAAAGCUGUGCUCCAGAGAAAUAAUUUCAGUGACUUGAAUGAUAUAAGAAUGGGUUUUCACUGGCCUCCAUUCUGCUCAAUAUCCCACUUGCAUCUUCAUGUCCUGGCCCCAGCCAGUCAGCUAGGAUUCUUAUCCAGACUCAUUUACAGAGUCAACUCCUACUGGUUUAUCACGGCUGAACAACUGAUUGAGCGGCUGCAAACUGAAAAUGCUGCCAGUUGAAAGCACUCUUAGCCUUUUGUCGCUAGCCGGUUUGUUCUUUGACUUUCAGCUCUGAUUUAAGGUUGCACAGUUUGAUGUUGCCAAUCAUAUACCAGGAUAAAAAAAAAUCUUUAGUUCCUUAUGAGGAAACACACACAGAUUUUGUAGCUGCCGACCUAAUUCUCCUGUUUGGAUACUUGAGUCUGUAAACUUCUCUGACAAUAAGGCGAUUAAUUAUAAUUUUAUAUUUGUAUAUGUAUAUACGUACAUAAUAUAUACUCAUGUGUGCAGAGAACUUUUCCUAUAUUCUGCUGCUAUAGCAGCAGAAUGUAUUGCAACUAAGGCAACAAGUUACUACUAACAGCAUGUAUGUGGUACCAAAGGGAAUAUUUGUUACAAAAUCAAGCUUUUAUUUUAAAGAUGCAUUGUUCUGGGAUUGCAAGUAAUAUUUAAAACACUUAAGUUUCCAUCUCUAUUUUUAUGAUAACGUUACCUAUGCCUAGUUAUUAGUAGGUACAUUGCCAAAAGUGCACUACUAACUUUCUGGUGCUAAACCACUUUAAUAUAUUACCUGUUUUAUUUGCAUGGCAUUGACAUAGUAAAUGUUAACACAAUAGGUGCCCAAGAUGUGAUAAUGCUAUAUAACAUAGAAUAUAGUUUAAAUGCACAUAUAAGUGGUUGUAUGUUGGAUUGUUUCCCUUUUAUGUGUACAAUAUUUUAAAUUAGUGAUUGUAUGUUUACAAAAAAAUGUGAAGAGUUCAGAGGAAUUGAUUUCAUAUACCGCUCUUCUGCAUGAUGGUAGGAAAAAAUCCAAAUUUUUAGGUGGUUCUGAUAUUCUUCUCACUGGCAGUCCCUUGGAGAUUACUAAUGCCUUGGCUAAAUUCGAUUUCUAAAUGAAGUAAUAAGAUAAAUGGACCUUUAGUGCAGUGAGUAUGUGGCAGGCUGGCAUAAUAGCAAUCUGAUUUGAAUUUGGGAUAGCAGUGGCUCAGCCCAAAGUUAGAACACGUUGGGCUGCUUAAGCAACCUGCUGAACACUUGCCUUUGCUGUACGACUCUAAUCAGUAAUGCUCACGCUCUGUUCUUCAGCACCAUAUUAAGGCAGGCUGUUUGGAAAGUUAAAACUCCAGAAAACACAGAGUGGAUUUUCUUCAUUCACAGAGCACGUCUCUUGGUGCCGAACUAAUCAAGUGACCUUGGCUGAUGCAUUUAGAUGCAGCUGAGGUGGUGAUGGUCAGUUCCACCUGCAAGCUUCCCUGAAUGUAAUCUUCUCAAUGUUCUCCACUCAUCCAGCACCUGCUGCCUUAGUGGUACAAUGUAUUGUAAUAUUCUUACUGUAAACUAUACGGGAUACUUCAUAAAGUUUACACCCUUCUGAAGAACAACGUUUACAGCUGGUUUCUGUAAGACCUCACUCCUGACAUCUUGUUCUGCUUACUAGUGGGCACUUGUGUCAUUUGCAGCCCUUUAGGGUUUUAAUUUAUAAGGUUAGGUGGAAAUUUGUAAGAUUUAAUUUGUAAGAUGAGGUAGGAAGAGUGUGAAUUAAAGCCACUGAACUUUGAUUACUUCUGUGCAAUAGAUCAGGAGGUUUGAGCUGGCUCCUACCUUUGUGAAAUAUCUGAACAUUAAGGUCUUUCAAGAGUUAAUGCUGUGUAUGUGUUCCGAUUUGUAAUUAAUUUAUGUAACUGUACUUAACUGUGACAUGUAAUAUUUAAAGUAUGAACAUGAACUGUUGUCAGAAAGCAUUAAUAAACAGAGUAAAUGCUAA